AUGGUCCCAGAUCUGGACUACUCGGCAUUAAAGGAAAUUGGAGUCCCCAAGGUUGGUGAUAGACUCCGCCUACUUCUCGCAAUACAACAGGCUUCAAUGGACAGACUUAGAUCUCAUGUGCCAAUAGACGUUCUGAUGGAUUUCAAGGUCAAUUCCUCUGAUGCUCCUUUGGCAUCGAGGUCAGGGGAGGAUAUCAGGGGUGAAAGUACCAUCACCCCGGCUGAUGACUCCGAAGCCGUCAAGAACACCAUGACUGUGAUUACACAGGACGGAGCCACCAAGAAGGUUUCUGUUGCGGGUUGUUUCAAUGCCAUGUCCAUCAAGCGAAAGGCACUUAAGAAGCUUGGAAUAAAGUCGAGUUCUUCACUUUGGGAUGCGUAUGUCACAGACCGUGAAGGUGUUCCUAGACUCAUGUUUGACGUGGAACUGGUGACGGUAUGCCAUUCAGCAGACAGAAUCGAAAAGCACAGAAUAAUAUUGUGUCCAAAAAUGGAGAAGCCCUCUACGAUAGCGAGAGAGACUUCGAGACGGCAGAUUGAGAAAUCGCUUUCCUUGGGCAAUAGGACAAAGAGAGACGGUAAAAGGAAGGCUCAGGAUGAAAAUACAGGAAAGACAGGUCUCCGUAGUUUCUUCGGACAAAGACCUCCAAGCCAGCUUAUUUCCACGAACCUGGCUGAAUAUUUCCCAGAUUCCAGACCUAAUCAGCUUCAGGAGACUAUGAGAAACUCAGUGAGGCUAUCUGCGCGCAUGUCGAGGAUCAUGCCCAAUGGGGCUCUUGCUGGAUCGCGAGCCUCGAUGUUCUCGAACUCAAGUCAACCUAUAUCGCUUGUGAGCUCCAGGUUGAGUGUUUAUCACUCUGGUGCUGCACCUUCUGUUGGCGAAGUCAUUGUAAACAACGCUAACGCCAUUGACUCCAUCCUGGCUGACGAUGCUUCCAUAGCUGAUCAAUACGAUACGAUACGUCCUGUUAUAUCCCAAACAAGUGCACAAUCGGGACCUAAGCUGUCUGCUGCCAUGACUGCACCAGAUAUGUCAGAUCGUGCAUCCUCAGUGAUCGAGCUGUUGGACGAAAAUGACGAUCUGGAUGAGAUGGUGAACGAAGACUACGACCUUAUGGAACAACUCUCUUUGGAAGAAGAAUCUGGCCCACAAAGAUGGCACAAGGGUGCUCGUAUUGGUGCUGGGAGUUUCGGUACAGUCUACUUGGGACUUAAUUCGCUAACUGGUGAACUUAUGGCUGUGAAGCAGGUGGAAAUUCCCAGCGAAGGCUCUAAGACAGAGCAGCACAAACGUAUGAUGAUAGACGCCUUGAAAAUGGAAAUGACGUUGCUACGUGAUCUUAAUCAUCCCAACAUCGUGAGAUACCUGGGGUCCUCUUCUGAUAGUGCAAAUCUGAACAUUUUUCUGGAGUACAUUCCUGGUGGUUCUGUAUCCUCUAUGUUGAAUACUUAUGGCCCGUUCGAGGAGCCGUUGAUCCGCAGUUUCGUUUCUCAGAUAUUGAUUGGCCUGCAGUAUUUACACAGCAAGAACAUUAUACACAGAGAUAUCAAGGGUGCGAACAUAUUGAUUGACAUCAACGGAACCGUGAAGAUCAGUGAUUUUGGUAUAUCCAAAAGGGUAGAAGGUGUAUCUGAAACUUCAACACCAACGGACGGUCCGAGCGCGUCAGAUGGAUCCGGUUCAACUAGCACUACCAACCGCCGCGCUUCAUUGCAAGGGUCUGUUUACUGGAUGGCUCCAGAAGUGGUGAAGCAGAGUAUCUAUACCGAUAAGGCGGAUGUCUGGUCUCUUGGCUGUCUGAUUGUGGAAAUGUACACUGGGAAACAUCCUUUCCCCAACUACAGUCAGAUGCAGGCCAUUUUCAAGAUCGGAACCCACACAAUUCCAGAUAUCCCUGCCUGGGCCACUGAUGAUGCUCGCAGGUUUUUGGGUGUUAGUUUUGAACUCGACCACACCAAGCGUCCUUCCGCUGCACAGCUGCUCCAGCACGCAUUCCUCAAACCAUUGCUCAUGCCCAAGCUAGAGUAG